UUUGUUCGGGCUUCGGCCCUCCAGACUCCAUGGUGUUUUGCCUUGGAGUCUCAGCUCGGGCUUCGGCUCGAGCUGAGUUUUUUCCUCCUUGUCCCCGGACCUGGAGUUUUUUUCUAUUUUUUCGUAUUUUCUAUGCGGGCCUCGGUGUUCAACAGUUGCUCAUGGAGGAGUCUCGGCUCGAGCUUCGGCUCCUCGGUGUUCAACAGUCGGUCAUGGGGGAUCGUUCCUUUAAUUUUUGGAAGCUUUUGCAGGCGGCGGACUGGCUGUAGAUAAAAGUUGCGCGAGAGGUGAAACUCGUG